AUGGCUCCUCUUGAUCCCGAUGUGACUGCGCGCACCAACACUAUUCCCCUCGCAACUUUCUCCGGACAGGUCCUGCUCGUCGCCUGCCUCGCGACCAACAUCCUCCUCACCAUCCGCCGAGCUGCGCGCGCUCUCCCCCCUCCAAGCUCUACACGUGCCCAAGAACCGGUGCGUCGCCGAAAUGUUGCUGUCUUCUCUGUCCUGGCCCUGCUUUCUUUAGCUUCCGUGACAACCUUUGCGGUCGCCUGGCGCGUCCUCUCCUACUUCGACUGGGCCGAGAAGGGCAACCAUGAAACCCCGGGCAGUCUGUGGACCGGCUGGUAUGGGACGGGCGACGAGGGAGUUAGCCGCUGGCGCUUGGGUGACUGGGUAAGAGAUAUAGACUUGGCUCGGGAGGCGGAUGGUCUAGCUGUAAACUCCCCUGAAGGCUUCCUCUACACAAGCCAGCAAUUUGUUGGCCUGGUCGCCGCAUCGAUAUUCAUGGGUGUAGAAGGGCGUAAGCGAACCCUUCCAGCCUUAGCAAUCGCGUCAUUUGUCGCUUUAAGCACAAUCGGAAGCCUUGGAUUCGCGCUCAACCUCUUCUUCAUCGCAAUGCUCUUCACACCAGUGGCGCUGCACAGCGAUGGUCCUCUUGCCCGUGAUACCUUAUUCACUCCCAAAUCCGCGGUGUAUGGUGUGCCUAUCGUGGCCUCUUUUCUCCUGCUGCACUCAUUACCUUGGUUUCUGGCUAGAGGAUCGGACAUCACCCUUAUGCGAUUCGGGUAUUUUGCUAUCCCGCCCUUCCUCGCCUUUGCUCCGCAGAUUAUUCCUACGAGCUGGGGACACGAGCAUACUACUAAAGCAUCCGCGCACCGAUCAUAUCGGAUCACGUUCUACAUCCUAGGGGUGACCUCAUUACUUCUGCAUUGGAAAUUAGGUGUCACAAGCCUUUCGAACGACACUCCUUCUGAGCAGGCCUCGGCAUAUGACCUUUUGACGAAUGCGGUUGGAAAGCAGGACAACUCCAAUCGAUUCGUUACUGCGUUAAGUAAUACCGUCCAGAAAUUAAAGUUUGUUAGUCGACACCCAGCGAUCAGCGUCACAGCGAGCGAUGUUCUCCUCACUUCUAUCAGCCUCUGUAUUUGGGCGUUUUUGAGGAAUCUGGACGUGGACGAUGUCCUGGAGAACAGUUUCCUCUCAUUUCUGGCUUCAUCCAAGGCAGAAAAGCACGUGGCAUUUGAAGAUAAGGUCGAAAAAGUCGAGGACAAGGCGCCUCCAGCAGGAUCUCCAGUAAAACGGGGCAGGGGGAGACCUAGAAAGAACGGAGCUCUUACAAACUCUACCAGAACGGCGUCAGCAUCUUCUGCGAGCAGCCUCAGGCGAAGCACAAGGCGCAAGACGAGAGUUGAUUUUGAGUCAGACAUGGAAGACUCCUAUGAGCCAUCCGAACAAGCAGCUACAGAGGUCAAGCAAAUAGAAUCGGACGGAUCUAUGACUUCGGAAGGCGUAGUACAAGGAGGAGAGUCAGCAGCACUAGCCUUAUUCCUUGCUCUUAUAGGUGGACUUGGACAGCUGGGGGCUGGUGUUCUAGGGGCUGAGGUCACUGGGACUGCGUCUAGUGGUGUCUAA